GCGGAUCUCAGUUUCCUGUUUUAUUUAUCCAUGACCAUGAGCCGACGAAGUGGAUAGAGCUAUUCUUGUGAUCGGUGAUGUACGACCUUUUGUUUCUUUGCGAAUCUUGAACCAGUAUCAAUCGCAGGCAGAGCUUUCUGGCACCAUGCGACAUCUUGGUUCCGUUCCAAAGAUCCAAGCUCCCCACCCUUCCUCAUGGUCAUGGCGGCACCUCGUGUUCUAGUUCUGCCUUACCCCGCCCAGGGCCAUGUCAUCCCUAUGAUGGAGCUCUCCCACUGCCUCAUCGAGCACGGCGUCAAGGUCACCUUCGUCAACACCGAGGUAAACCACCGUCUCAUUCUUGGUGCCUUGGCGACCGGAGACAAAGAACUCGGCGGGGUCGACAUGGUGUCCAUACCGGACGGCCUGGGCACCGGCGAAGACCGGAAGGACCUCGGCCGUCUCACCGACUCGUUCUCCAAGGUCAUGCCCGGCGAGCUGGAGAAGCUCAUUACAAGCAUCAACGCCGAUGGACGAGAGCGCGAGAAGGUCAGCUGGUUGAUCGCCGACGUGAACAUGGCGUGGGCCUUCCCUGUGGCGAAGAAGCACGGCCUCCGAACCGCCGGGUUCUGCCCAUCGUCGGCGGCGAUGUUCGCGAUGAGGAUCAGAAUUCCUGAGAUGAUAAGCGACGGCGUUCUUGACGAGAGAGGCUGGCCCAAGCGGCGCGGCGCGUUCCAGUUGGCUCCGGCGAUGCCGGCCAUCGACACUUCGGAGUUCUCGUGGAACCGUGCCGCCGACGCCAAGGGGAAGCCGAUCAUCUUUCAGCUGAUCCUCCGGAACAACGCGGCCACGCACCUCGCCGAGACCAUCGUCUGCAACUCCAUCCAAGAGCUGGAGCCCGGAGCCUUGGCGCUCGUCCCCGACGUCUUCCCCGUGGGCCCGCUCUCCUCCGACAAACCGGUCGGCUGCUUCUGGGCCGAAGACGCCUCCUGCCCCGCGUGGCUGGACGCGCAGCCGGCCAGCUCCGUCGUGUACGUCGCGUUCGGCAGCCUCGCCGCCUACGGCGCCGCGCAGCUAGUCGAGCUGGCCGAGGGGCUGCUGCUGACCUCCCGGCCGUUCCUGUGGGUGGUCAGGCCGGGGUCGACGGGCGAGCAGCACCUUGAGCAGCUCCGCCGCCGCGCCGCGCCGCGCGGGCGCGUGGUGAGCUGGUGCCCGCAGCAGAACGUGCUGGCGCACCACGCGGUCGCCUGCUUCCUGACGCACUGCGGCUGGAACUCGACGAUGGAGGCGGUGCGGAACGGCGUGCCCCUCCUGUGCUGGCCGUAUUUCACCGACCAGUUUCUGAACCAGAGCUACAUCUGCGACGUGUGGAGGACGGGACUGAAGGUUCCAUUGCCGCCAGGGGCGGCGCACGGAACGGGACUCGUGGGGAGAGACGUUGUUCGGGACAAGAUCGAGGAGCUGCUCCGUGACAGUGAGACGAAGGCGAGGGCGCUCGCGCUGCGGGACCUCGCCAGUCGGGCAGUCGGCGAUGGAGGUUCGUCGCGCCGGAAUCUCAGGCAGUUCUUGGGCCUUGUGCGAGGAUCGGAGAGCUAAAGCUGCAAUUUUGGGGCUACUGUUGUGUUUGCGAAUCGCGAUGCCAGGACAAAGGUCUGCACCGUGAAAAAUCCUGUUUCGAUGUUCUGAAAAAUUAAAAAACAUGUAUAAUAUAUCCUGACAGGAAUCACUAC